AUGCCGAGAAACCUGAAGCGAGGGGGAUUAGCUCAAACGGUAGAGCGCUCGCUUAGCAUGCGAGAGGUAGCGGGAUCGAUGCCCGCAUCCUCCAGGUGGGAGCCAGAGAGUUUCCAGGUUCAUGGUCCAGCUGCUCCUGUUGUUGUGUCCCCUGGUGAAGAUGCUGUCCUGCCCUGUUACCUCUCACCCAGCAUCAGUGCUGUGGACCUGGAGAUCAGGUGGUUUCGAGGGGAUUAUAAUUCCCCCGUGCGUUUGUAUCAAAACCUCAAUUAUAACACUAAGAUACAGAACCCAGCCUACAGGGACAGAGCUGAGCUGUUCCUGCAGGAGCUCCCCAGAGGCAACGUGUCUCUCAAGCUCACGGACGUGCGUCUCUCAGAUCAUGGACAGUACAAGUGUUUAGUGGAGUCUGUGGAUCAUUAUGAAGACACUCUAAUUUCCCUGGCUGUUAGAGAUGUUUCAGUGUCUCUCCACUCCCCUGGAGGAGGUCAGACCCAGCUGCUGUGCAGAUCAGAGGGCUGGUUCCCUGCACCUGCAGUGAUCUGGACAGACAGGGAUGGACAUGAUGUGACCUCACUGUCCAGCAGCACAGUGGGGAAGGACAGUCAGGGGCUCCUCAGUGUCAACAGCUACAUCCCAGUCCAGCAGGAGUCCAACAUCUUCUCCUGUCUGGUCAGAAGCACACAGUCCAAGGCAGACGGGGAAUCUCAGCUCCACAUACCCAGAGACUUUUUCCCUGAACCCUCUGGAUGGAUGGUGGCUCUCUGUGUAACAGCAGCUGUGACUGUAGCAGCAUCAGCACUUCUGGUGAUCCAGUGGAGGAGAAUGGACAGGGAAGAGAAACGACUUGUAUAUAAAUGGCUGUGCAGUGCUGCAGCGGACGUGACUCUGGACCCUGAUACAGCGCAUUGUUCUCUCUCCCUGUCUGAGGAUGGGAAGAGGGUGAGAUUGGGACAGAGGAAGAGUCUCCCUCACAAUCCACACAGAUUUGAUUCCUGGCCCUAUGUCACGAGCAGGGAGAGCUUCUGCUCAGGGAGACACUACUGGGAGGUGGAGGUGAAUGAAAGGUGGAGAAUAGGAGUGAGCAGAGAGUCUGCUGAGAGGAAAGGGGGGUUCAGCUUUGAUCCCCAAGGGGGAUACUGGGCUCUGUAUUCCGGCUUUUCUGGUUUCUCUGCUCUCACUGACCCUGUGACCCGUCUCCCCCUCAGUCUGCAGCCCAGGACAGUGGGGGUGUGUGUGGAUAUUGAGGAGAGGAAGGUCUCCUUUUACACAGUGGAGUCCAGGACUCACAUCUUCACGUUCACUGACAUGGUCCUCAAUCAGGGGGAGAAGAUCUAUCCUGUCUUCGGUACCAGGGAUCGAUCUAAAGACCUUGUGCUGGUGCCUCCUCUCAGCUGUGGAGAUUAAACAUGAACACAGGCUGAUUCACUCCCAGCUCUCUGCCUCAGUAUCAAUGUUAUUAACUUGUUGUUUUCUGGUGUCUGUGUGGAGGUUUUACUAACUGUAGGUGUCCCCAUUUGUCCGAGGUUAUUGCUUAUUUCUUUGUUCUGACGCCCGAACAAAAAUUUGCAAUUCACACAUUUGUUCUCGUCAUGUAGGCCACAAUAUUCUAAAGCUCCAGAUUUCUUCCCUUGGUUUUUACACUCUACAGUCUCUUUAAUUCUCACUCCAGCUCCUUACCGUUCCAAUUAACUCCGAUCUCUCUCCUCGCUUCCACCUUAUGCCUGUCUGUCACUGUGUCUCUGCCUGUAUCACUCUGUCUCUCUGUGUCCCUGUAUCCCUGGUGUCCCUAUCAGUGUCACUGUGUCAGUGUAUCUCUGUAUGUGUCACUAUGUCUCUGUGACCCUUUGUCACUGUGUGUGAGAUCAUAUCUCUGUGUCCCUAAAUGCCUUUGUCACUGUGUAUCUGUCAGUGUCACUAUUUUUCAGUCUCUCUUAGUGUCUCUCUCUGUAUCGCAGUGUCUCUGUGUGUGUGAGAUCACAUCUCUGUGUCCCCAAAUGUCUUUGUCACUGUGUCUCUGUCAGUGUCACUAUAUCUUUCUGUCUCUCUGUUAGUGUCUCUCUCUGUAUCUCAGUGUCUCUGUGUAUGUGAGAUCAUAUCUCUGUGUCCCCAAAUGUCUUUGUCACCAUGUCUCUGUCUGUGUCCCUGUGUCUUUCUGUCUCUUUGUUAGUGUCUCUGUGACUCUCUGUGUCACCGUUACCAACCUGUGUCAGUGUGUCUUAUCUCUCUCUGUAUUGCAGUGUCUUUAUGUGUGUGUAUGUGUCACUAUGUCACUGUUAUGACAUUCAUGUUUAUGAAACUCAAAGAGAAUAUUAUUAACUUAACCAACAUUGCCAUAGUGGUUGGGUGGGGAGGGACUCUUUCAUUGAGCAAAUCCAGGCCCAUCAUCCACUCGAUAAUGGACAAUCAUCUCUUUCGGAAAGUUUUUAUUUGAUGACAGUUUGAUAUUUUCUUAGAACGUGUACUAAUUGUGAGUUGUGGUUGCUUUGAAAUAAAGCUUAUUUUGAUAAAAACA